UUUAAAGACAAUUUUACAGACACUGCCAUAAGUAAAUAUAAUGGACUAAUCAUGGAAAAGGAACUGGAACCAUGGGAAGGCCCUUCAAGUGAUUCUGAAAAUUCUAUAGGUUUGAUAUCUGAUGAGACAGAUGGUGCAAAUGGCUGGGAUGCUAAUGAUAUGUUUCGUACAAAUGCAGAGAAAUAUGGUGUUAAAUCUAGCUAUGAUAACUCCCUUCAAGAAUACACAGUACCUCUGACAAAGAAGGAUACAGAAGAAUAUAAGUUGCAAGAAGCUAAAGCGAUGAAAAUUGCUCAUGAAAUUGAAGCUAAUGUAUCAUAUCAAACAAGACUACAAUUGGAAAAUGGUGAUGAAGAAGAUAGGUUUAGUGCAGUAGUGAGACCUGAUGAUUCCUCUUCAUCCAAAUAUGUUUUACCCCCAAAAAGAAGGAAUUCAGCAAACUUGAAGAGGCAAGCUUCUACAACUUCAUCUCCUGUUCAUAUCACUGGUCCUAGCAAGCCUUAUCCAUCAAUCCAUGCUUCUCCCAGUGUGCCUGUGGCUCAUCAUCCAGCCAAUAAGCAAUAUCCUCAUUCACUUCCAAUUGCAGAAAGACCACCUUCUCCCCCAUCAUUUCAAAGUGUGUCACCUGGUCCUAGUCCUGCAUCCAUGCCUAUGCCGUCUGUGCCAAAGGAUGUGGUUGAAAAAUCUCUCAAUGGAGAUGAUUCUGUCAAUAAAAAAAUCAGUAAAACAUCCUGUGUUUCUACUCCAGUUUUUGAAAAUGUGCCUAUUUUGUCUGGUCCUACGAAGCCACAUGUUUUAUGUCCGGCAUCAUCACAAACAUUACCUCCAAGAAUAGAAAAGAGACGUGAAAAUGAGAGAAAAUUAGCAAAACAAAAAGGUCGCAAUGAUGAAAUUGAAGAAUUCAAAAAAUUUAGUUCAAACUUUAAGUUAACAGAAGAAAAUAAAGAACCAAGUGAAUGUAGAGAUGAUUUUCAAAGCACUGAUAUAAAAUCAGAACAAUUUCUACUCACCAGCAAAAUAGAACAAGUUAAACUAGAUAAAGAAGCAGAAGAAAAAUGUGCAAAUGUUGUUAAGAACUCCACCUUAAAUCCAAAUGCAAAAGAAUUUGUUUUUAAUCCUAAUGCAAAGUUGUUUACACCUCGAUCUAUGUCUGUUGUGAGUCCCAGCACACCUGUUCCAAUGCAGCCCCAGCAGAUUCAAGCUCAAAGUCCCGUCAUGGCAGUUCCCCACUCGCAAAUGCAAAUGAUUCCCGGCUUAGCUCAGCCUAUUUUCACUGCAAUGGGUCCACAAUAUGUAAUGCAAGCCACACCUGUCAGUAUGGCUCUGACUUCUCCCUUUGCAGCUGCAUCACUUUCACAAGCUCCAAGAUUUAGGAAAGUUCAUCCAAUCACGAUGCAACCUAGGCAUGAUAUAACACCAUCAAUGCAUGUAGCUGCUGCUACGGGGCAGCCUAUUCUUGCUCCAGCUGCUAUGCCAACUCCUUCACAAUUGACUAUGCAGUACACUUCACCUCCAGGAGUUAUACAUCAUACUUCUGGCCCACCUCAGCAAACAAUGGGAUAUCCACAGAUGAAUUUUGUUGUUGGGCCUCGAGUUGUUUCUCCUCAACCUGUUGUUGGUGUACCUACCUCCCAUUCUGUAUCUUACUGUGAUACUUCACAUCUUCCAAAUCCUUUAUUAAAUAAGUAUUGCAUUGCCGUGUCUGCUCAUCCUGCUGCCACAGCUGCACAUUCCAUGCCACAAGGUGUUUCUGGGCAGCAUUCCAAUCAUCAUCCACCUCCUUCACAGACACCUGUCAUGCAUCCUUCUCCAUCUCCUGUUCAUCAGAUCCCUCAGCCCCAUGGUAGUCACUCCCAACCUCCAACUCCAACAACAGUCAUGUACCCUGCUGGAUCAAUAGGUCAGCAUCCACUGCAAGCUACGGGACACCACAGUCAUAGUCAACAAAUGAGCCAUCCAAUGCACCAGUCCUUGAGUCACCCAGGCUUUCCAACAGGGCCACAGCCUGUAGUGUUGAUGCAGCAGCAACAAGCUGUGCCAGGUGCUUCACACCAUGGUCAUCAGAGUAGUGCAGCUCAUCACCAAAUACAUAUGCAUUCAAUGCAUGGCCAGAACCCUGGAAACCAUAUAGGAACGCCUACACACAUUCUGCCACAAAUGACUAUCAUCCCUACAAGUGCCGCCAUGGUAUCUGCUCCAACAACCAUUGCGACACCUCCAUUUGUUCAACAUCCAUGAGGGGCAUAAAUACAGAAUAUUUUGAGAUGAAAAUUCAAAGAAUGUAGGAUGACAUAGGACAUUUAAUUUAUUAAAGAAUAUUAUGAAAUUUUUAAAAAAAAACUGAAAGCAAAGGAUCUUGAAUUAGAAGGGAUGUAAGUUAUUGUUCAUCGAUGAAGAUCAUGAGAAUUGCAUCUGAAACGAGUCCUUUAACUUGUAGCCAGCUCUUUAAAAAUAAAGUUUCCUUUAAUUUU